CCAGACGCUACUAUGGAUGACAGCCGUGUGCUUCUUGCUGGCGGGAUCGGGAAAAGGAAGAAGAAAAUGAAGAGGAAUCCAAAAGUUGAUUCACCCACCACUACCGCUCCACAACCCGAACCUGCACCGACCGUUCAGCAACUGGAGCCUAUUCAGCAAUUCUCUGGUCAGGAUCAUUAUGACGCCAUGAUGAUCGAUGACCGCUUUGAUUCUGAUCAGCUGCAUCAGUUUUCCCAACACUUUGAUUCCGUUCAGGGGGAAACCUCGAACGUAGGCGGGAAUCAUACCGACCAUAUCACUGGUCAGGUCAAACAGAUCUCUUUAUCGGAUCCUGUUCAUGAGGUGCUAGAGAGAGCUGGUUCUACCGCGAGCCAGAUCUGGUCAACCUCUUCCUGGUUCAACAAUUUCUCCCUUCCCCAGUUACCGGUCGAGCAAUCCGAAGAAUGCCUGGCCUUGACCGCACUGAAGAUGGGUUUGUACACUUUGCAAAUGCGGGAAGCCCGUCUGGCCAAGGAACGAGAACUAAUCGUUGCUCAAUCCUCUGCUGAGCAAACUGCUGCUGCUGCCAUCACCUCUCUGGAGGCCGAACGGAAAGCUUUUGCGGAGGAAAAACAAAGGCUGGAUACUGAGCUUGGUACCCUUCGGGUCCAACUUGCUGCUUCCCAAGAGAAGGUCAUCGCUGCCGAGGCUGCACAAAUCAAGUUUGAGGAGAUGCCUUCC